GUAUUGUAUUGCUGGAUACUUAAAUUGGCCAUAAUUUCCCACUCGUCACAUCGCAUCAAACUGCAUAAAAAACCUGUCUCCGAAUGUGGCCCUGUAUUCUAUAGUAUAGUUACUCCGAAAAUCUAAACAUCGAAAGGCUUCGUUAUUUAUAUUAACAUGUUACAGGUGAACAUGUGAUGGUUGCUAUCAGAAAGACAUCGCAGCAGUUAGCCAGGCGAGUGUAACCGACUGCCAAGAGAAUGUCAAUGCAAGGGUCCAGUGUGCUGCCGUCGGCAGCGGCGACCACCAUUAGUACAUCAGAGCCUUCUCAGCAGUCUAAGCGAGAAGACUGGAGGAAAGCUAAAGAACUAGAAGAGGCAAGGAAAGCUGGUACGGCCCCUGCACUCACAGAUGAAGAAGGAAGAGACAUUAACCCACAUAUUCCGCAGUACAUAUCGACUGUUCCAUGGUAUGUAGGAUACGGUCAGCCCACUCUGAAGCAUCAGAGGCCCCAAGCUGAGAAGGAGAAGGAAUUCUCCAACAUCACCUCAUGGUACAAAAAAGGAGUAAAGGAGGGAAAUCUUGCAACUAAAUACCGAAAAGGUGCCUGUGAAAACUGCGGAGCAGUAACACAUAAGAAAAAAGAUUGUGUUGAGAGACCUCGUAAAAUUGGGGCUAAGUUUACCGGCGACCAGAUUGCUCCAGAUGAGCAUGCUCAGCCGAACCUUGACUUUGAUUACGACGGGAAACGAGACCGAUGGAACGGAUACAACCCGGAGGAGUAUGAGGCCGUGUGGGACGAGUAUGCCAAGAUUGAAGAGGCAAAGAAACAGCUGAAGUCUCAGCAACUUCAGGAAAUGGCAGUGGGGGAGUUGACUACAGAAAGAUUGGAGAGAGACAGUGAUAGUGAUGCUGAUGAUGAUAAGUAUGCGGAUGACUUUGACAUGCCCGGAACAAACUUUGACAGCAAGAGACGUAUCACAGUCCGCAACUUGAGAAUCAGAGAAGACACAGCAAAGUACUUGUACAACCUUAAUCCCAACUCAGCCUACUACGAUCCCAAGACUCGCUCUAUGAGGGAGAACCCAUUCUUGAACAAGACUGCAGAAGAGUCAAAAUUUGCUGGUGAUAACUUUGUCAGAGCCGUGGGUGAUACAAAGAAAAUGGCCACAGCGCAGUUGUUUGCAUGGGAUGCGUCUGAGAGAGGUACAGAUGUUCACCUACAGGCAGAACCUACCAAGCUAGAGUUACUUCACCAAGAGUUUGCCGUCAAGAAAGACGACUUCAAAGCCAACCAGAAAGGGAGCGUCUUGGAGCGGUACGGUGGAGCUGAGCAUCUCAAUGCACCAGCUAGAGAGCUUCUACUGGCACAGACGGAGGACUAUGUUGAAUAUUCAAAACACGGGAAUGUCAUCAAAGGUCAGGAGAGGGCAAAGGUCAAGUCUAAGUACCAAGAAGACAUUUAUAAUAACAACCAUACGAGUGUUUGGGGGUCGUACUGGAAAGAUUUCCGCUGGGGAUACAGUUGCUGUCACUCAACAGUCAGGGGGUCCUACUGCACGGGACAAGCAGGGAAAGACGCUGCCCGUGGAAACAUUAAUGUACGUGAAGAUGACAUAGAAGAAGAAGAAGAAGAAGAAGCACCCCAGUCGCUGGUUGAGCAACACCGAGAUAAACUUGAGAGAGAGCAAAAGAAGAGAGACAAGAAGAAGAAAAAGAAAAAGAAGAAGCGUCGACAUCACAGCAGCAGUGAGGAUAGUAACAGCGACAGCAAUGAAGAAGAUGAAGAUGAAAUCAAGAAGAAGAAACUGCUAGAGGCGCUGAAGAAGGAAGCAGCACACCAGCGGGAGGCGGAGCGCCUUCUUGCCAUGGAUGAAAGGAAACGACCGUACAAUAGUCUGAAAGCGAUGGACUCUCAUGCAGAACCAACUGAGGAAGAGAUGGAGGCAUUCAGAAUGAAGAGGAAGAGAUUUGAGGACCCGAUGUCACAUUUCUGAUUAUACUAUGGAGAAAUCUAUAAGGUUUUUGUUUGCAUUGUUUGUUUCUUGAUGGGCUGGAUUAGAAAGGGACUUUUUUCUCUUUUUUGGGGGGGUUGUGAGCCAAGGACUCUCAUAAAAGCAAACUUAAAGGAACACGUUGCC